AUGAUAAGAAGAUUGUUUUUACCAUAUUUCUCCAAAGAUAAGGGCCCACCAAGAAUAAGGUGUCAAAUAAACGGUGUUAAAAGAAAACGAUUUUUCAAAAUCGUGGUAGCAAACCAAAAAGAUAAAAAAAAUGGGAAACAUAUAGAAGUCUUAGGAACAUAUGUUAAUAAAAAUAAUAUAAAAGAAAAAUUGAAUACAUAUAAUAUUACUAACCCUAAUAAUGAUUAUUAUUAUAAUAAUGUGGAAAAUAUUAAAGAGAUUAGACUGAGAUUUAAUAGAGUCAAAUUUUGGCUCGCUGCAAAUUGCAACUUUAGUGAUCAUAUGAAAUAUGUUUUAAGCUUAUGUAAAUUAAUACCACAAUACCCUGUAAAGUAUAGCCGACGAUGUUCUGAUAAAUAUUAUUAUAAAUAUAAUGAAAUUAUAAAUAAACAUAAACUAAUACAAGCACAAAAAAUCAAUAACUUUUUAAAAACAGAUUUAAAUAUUCAAUAUUCAAAUAAUUUUGAUGAUUCAUCAACACAACCCAAAGAAAAAGAUGAUUAUAUAUAUACACCUGAAGAACUUAUAUAUCUUAAAAAAUUAGCAAAAAAUAGAAAUUUAGAUUUUGAGCAUACAGAUAAAAUUAGAAAAAUUAUUAGGUAA